GACCCCGAAACCACAGAUCAGAGCCGAAACGUCAAACGAUAGCUGUCAAAAACAGCUGAUUAUUUAUUUACAAAAACGCUUUAAAUAUUCAUGUUUUUGCAAGUUUUGUGUAAGAAAACUACUUGAAAUGGCCCACGCCCAGUUUAUUGAUGAACUAAUACGUGAAUAUUUACUAUUUCGUGGUUUCGGUUCGACUCUAAAAGCGUUCGAUUCGGAAUUGAAAGUCGACAAAGAGAAAAGUUUUAGGGUUGAUAAAAUAAUCGAACAACUCAUGCAUUUUAUUGCAAGUUAUGAUUUAAAUUCCUUGCGUGAACUGUGGGCCCAUUUGCACGCCCACAUGUUCAGUAAACUGGAAAGUCAAUUCGAUCCAGGUGUUAAAAAAUUGGAAAAUGCGGUGUUGAAGCUGUAUUUAGUAAAUAGUGUUGUUAAUAAUAAAACCGACAAAGUAAUGGAGUUUUUCCUAAAACUGACGCCGGAACUUCAGAAUCAGAGUGAAUGGAAAGAUUGGUUUGUGUUUCCUUAUGUAAAAAAUCAUGAGGAAAAUCCCGCUUUUUCCCUGUAUUUUACAAAACAGUGGCAAGACACUUUGUUAGUGUCUUUGCAUAAUUUUCUGGCGUCAAUAUUCCAAUACAUGCCAACGCCGACGCUCAUGCAUUUUGAAGAGGAUACUAACAAAAUCAAUAAGCUGGAACAAAGGAACGAGUCUCUCAGGAAUAGAUUAGCAUUGUUGAUUGAUAAAGGGCCCGAAGCUAGCGUUACUCCAUGUUCGGUGGAGCCGCCACCCCAUUUGUUGGACGAUUUUUACAUAAUUGCCCAGGAAAACAACAUUGUUGACAGUCAAGCCAAGAGCUUGAAAAGUCUGAUCAGGAACAUGGGAACCGGCUCAAGCCCCGUUCUGGGGCGGAAGGAGAGUUCAGGUGCGAAAAAAAGACUAAAUUCGACGUCACGAACGCCGAAGUCUAGUCACUUCUACGAUGUCUGAUCUCUUCAAUACUUUAUUUACAAGAAUAAAUAACAAUUAUUGCUGA